UCAUUGCAGCUCGAUACGAUUUCACUCGCAGAAAGCUUCAAAUAGAUAGAUAAGCCAACUGAAAUCUCACUCAUUCAAUCCAAUUCGUAACAAAUUCAACCCGUAAAUGCAAAAGCAAACGAAUUAAAACUCACAAGCUCUGUAAAAUGAUGGUAAGCUAUCUGCAAAUUGAAAUCCGCUUCAAGAACCCACCAUUUCUGUUUCCAUCCGACGAUUGCACUUUGAAGAAGCAAUCCCACCUCAAAUCCCAAACUUCAAAGGGGAGGAUAACAUCUCCAAGAUACGGAAAUGCGAUGGUGUGCAGUGGGAUUAUGUUUCCAAUCGAUUCAUGGGCGGCGGCCGACGUCGAUUCUCCGGCCAUUGCUUCGCAGCUCUCUGCUUUCUCUCUCUUACCCUAUAUGGGCUUCUUGUAUUUCAUCACCAAAUCAAAAUCUGCCCCACCCCUCACGCUUUUUGGAUUCUAUUUCCUGCUCGCCUUUGUGGCUGCCGCCAUACCAGCAGGAAUUUAUGCAAAGGUGCACUAUGGUAAAUCCUUGGCCAAUGUCGACUGGUUGCACGGUGGGGCUGAGUCACUGCUUAUGCUUACCAACCUAUUCAUCGUGGUGGGGCUCAGGAAGGCUCUUAGGGAAGCUGAACACGAAACUACGGAUGUUACUUCAAACGUCAAAGAUGAGGAGAAGUCAUCAGUAUAGGUGAUAGAUCUACAAUUUUCGUAUGCUCCAAGAAAUGUUAGGGCAUCAGAUUGAUCAUUGAAUUGAAGCAAGUGAACUACAUUUUUUGUAACUAACGAUAGGCAGAUUGUCUCAUUCUCAUUGAGAUGAUUCUUGAGCUUCUUUUGUAAAUCUUGAUAAUUAAUUCUUUAUGCCACCGUAACAGGUAGAAAGAGAUGAACGCUUAGCUCUGGUUGGUCUAUCUAAAGGUUCAUUCUCUAGGUUUUAUCAUUUUGAUAUGCAGUGUGAGCUUGGUUGCUGUAUUUUUGUUUACAUUUUGAUGUUGCCUCAGUUUCCAUCAAAUCUUCCUUGUAAAAGUUGAUCUAUAAGAGAAUACAGUGGCAUUAUCUUGCUUCA